UCAUGGUCCCAUGAACAGAGACAAUCAAGAAAAGAACAUUCGACGAACAAAUCUCAAUACAAAGAACGCCAUACUUCAUCACGGUUCAUGGUUACGAGGAAAACGUUUUGAAGUCGUACUACGAGACGGGUAUUUUAAAAUACACCUCUGUUAUGUAUUGAACUGAUAACACAACAGACUCCAGGCCAAGGGACGCAAAGCAACUUGGUGGCCGCCCAGCCUGGCUUCAUUUUGAAUACGAAUAUAGAGUUCAACCAUGGACAUCACACCAACUUGAACGGGAGUCAAUCAAGGAAAGAUGCCUUAAAGUUUAAGUAGAAGACGAAAAGGAGAAAAGAAAAGAGCGAAAAGCUAGCGAAGGAAGCAGACAAGAAAGGAAACGCGCGACGGCACAAAAUGUGGUCAUUUUGCCGCAACUUUGCCACAGGGAGAGAGACGGAGAUUACAACCAUAGUACACAACUUCAAUCAACAAGGCAAAAAAGAAACACUGAAUUUAAGUGAUCGAUUUGGUCACAUUUUCUGUUCGGUACUGGCUCCCCCAAGGUAUCUUUGUUCCGAUAGUGGAACUGGGACAUUCCACGACGUAUCCCCGGAUACUAGAGACACCGUAAGGUAUGGAUCCAUACGUCAAUAAUAACGUACCGAAUUGUAAUCAGUAAGCCUCGUUCCCAGGGAUUUUCGCGCAACUACAACAGUGACAGAGGUAUGGCAUCGCCAAACUCAACGCAAGUUUUGAGAGUGGCCAAGUGAGAUGACAAGGCAAUGAACCAAGCGUAUCAGCAAGAGCAAGCAGAGAAGUAUAAGGUGAGAGUCUGAAACCCUUGACAUUCUGCUGCAAUAUUCAUAAAUUAGUACAGUAGAACCUCGAUAACUCGAACUCAGAUUAACUCGAAUUCCCAGCUAUCUCGAACUAAAUUUCCUUUCCCUUGAUCAAAAUUUCAGUGAAAUUUACCCGAUGACUCGAAUUCCCCGCUAAGUCGAAACGUUUUUCGUUUCCCUUCAGAGUUCGAGUUACCAAGGUUCUACUGUAAUUGGACAGUGAUUCUGUUACCACCAAAGACGCAAAAUAAUUCAAUACUUCGUAGGACGCAAAGAUCGAUCGAUCUGAAGAUGCUUUUAGUAGAAUAUCCUGUUCGUGUGAUUUCUGUGGUUGUUCUUGUGGCUACUUUUAACGACGCAUAUUUUUUAGCCUUUACAAUAGAAGGAGUAUAUUUUUAUUAUAGUAAACUGUAAUACAGAUUUUUGUCUUUCGUUUUUUGGAACUGAGACUCAUGAUAAUUUACAAGACGAGUCCCAGGACUCACCAUAAUUAUUUGUAACAAAAUCACUGAUUGGACUUUUCUAAUACGCAUAGUCUUCGACCAACAAGCACCAUAAAUAUGUUUUGCCCAUUUUUGGUCUCUUAAACUUGGGAAAAUUCACGGAAAGACUAACCAGUGGCAAAAUCUGUAGAUACUAGACUAUUAAAACUAAGCUGGUGAUUUUGACCUAACACUUUAUCUCAGCUUGGUUAUAAACGAUUACUUGGUAAGGUGCGAAUGCAUCAUUUGUAUGCUUGCCAUGGUUUGUAUGUAUUUUUUCUUCUCUUUUGCAAAAGGCAAUUCUUAAAGUACAGCAGUCAUUGAUUAACAACCUCUGGGGAUUUUUGAGUUAUCAAGGCCGUACGGUUCUCCCAGAAGUCACAAGGUAAUAAACAUUACAUGCAUUUCCAGGUUAGUGUUUCAGUGUCAGGUUUAAACUAGCUCUCAAAGGUAUUACCCUAUUUUAGGAACCGUUCAUUUUUUAUCAAGUAGGGGGGAGGGGGGCUGGUGGGAUUUGAGUGGGGGCAUGAGAAAAAUAUGGCUUUAAGGGAGGGGUCACCAAAAAACUCCUGCAAUUUUUCGGUGAUGGCAAUCAUCCUACCAGAAUGCAGAAAAACCAGCAUUCCUCGGUAACAUUCAGAAAGUUCAGAUUUUCCCGGGGAAGCAUGUCCCUAGACCUUCUUACACGAAAAGGCAAUUCUGUCCCAGUAAAAUGUAAAAAAGCAUAGAAGCAUACCAAAUCGAACGUUUCACUAGGAAAAAGUAAACUCAGUCAUUUUUCACUUUCUUUGUCUUCUACUCUCUCUUUCUUUUCCUUUUCUUGUUCUUUUUUUUGGGGGGGGAGGGGCGGUCAUCUCGAUUAAUUUGAGACACAAGUGGGGAGGGGGGAGCGCCCACAAAAUUUCUUAUGAAGAAGGGGAGUCAUCAUGUACUACAAGAGCUACCCGUCGAAUUCCACCAACCCUCCUCCCCCAUUAAAAAUGAACAGUCCCUUAUAUAAGUAGUCAUUGUCGCGAUUACACAUUUGUCAAACCUCUAGUUAAACAACUUCUAGUUAAACAACAGUACUUAUACUCUCAAACGAUGAAAAGACAUUGCCUAUAAAUAUUAUUGUUUAUUUUUCUUUUUGCACAGCAUUGCCCAAAAUGUAAGUCUGGACGAGUUGAAUUGGGUAAGUUUUUUAUGAGUGUUUUAUGAGGCGACAGCUACUGUUAAUUGGGACCACAGCAAAAGCACAAAUAUAAGAAAGAACAUGUAAAAUAGAGCAUUACGUUUCAAGAAGCAGGGCUAUUGUUUUUCCUUUUCUUUUUUCCAUUUUUUUGUUAACGCAUGAAAGCUAGGUCUUGUCGUAGGAUCCAAUAAACACAAAUGCAUGUAAAACCUGCAGAUAAUGGGGCCAGUCUAUGUUUCUGACAAAUUCACUGUAUUAAGCACAUCCCAGGUUUCUAUAUUAGGUAUAACUUGUGAAAAUGUGCUCCUGACGGUUGUCUCCGUGAAAUUCUUUGCAGGAAGAUCCACAGCAAGAUGAAUGGCACACUGUUUUAUUUAUUGUGAGGAACAUGGAAUUACUGCUUGGAGUACGUAUUUAAACGCAGUGAAGAGAAAUGCACAAUCAGUUAUUUCAUAGUGAAAAUCGUCUCGCAAAUAAUUGAUACGACGUCUAACACGAGACAGAGCAAAGAUGGGUUGGGGGGAGGCACCAACACGCAUAUCAUGUGAAUCAUCCAAUCAACUGUACCUAUAGGUACAAAGGUAUCACUACUAUUAUGACAUUAGUACCAUAACAUUAGUAACUGCAGAAUCGAGAAAUAAAAAUCUUUCUUCCAAACCAGAAAGGCAGGCCAAACAAAAACUACUUUUAUUCUAUUCUAGAAAGAAUCGCAGCAGAAUAGGGAAACAUCACCACACCAACUGCUAAAAGAAGCGUUAAAGGAACUACGGAAAUACUUUCUGUCAAAGCACACUGUUGUCUCAAAAGAGGCUACAAGGUACAUAUAUUUGAAAAAAUAGGUGUUUCUGUUAGCUUAUAAACAUUUUAUGAACUAAUUUCAAACUUUACUGUUACAGAAAUUUGUUACUUCCUUUUCUUAUCAUAUACAGUACCUACAACCCUGUGUUUUUGCUCAGCAUUUAAAAGAGGAAAUUAAGAAAUGACAUGUCCAUUUUGUAGCAUAGUAACGUGUAACGUGAGGUUCAACAACACCAUAUGACACUUCCCUAACUAUGUGCGAUCUGGUUAGGAGAACUGUUAUACAUAAUGACUGUGAUACAAAUUCUCUUUUACAGCCAUUGUCACGGCCAAGAAUGGAGUGAAGACACUUUGGUACGUUUUACAAAUCCUUACAUUUAUAUACCAGAUCUUAAAACACAACAGCAAAUUUUUCUCGAUAAACCGAUGAAAUAUCAGCACAUCAUGCCUCGAGCCCUUGAAACCUCAAUGCUCACAACACUUGCAGAUCAAGAAAGAAUGUUGAAUAAUCUUGAAUAAAAAAGAUCGUAUUGAAAUACAGAUGUGUAAAUAUGUAAGGAAAGUUAAACCGUGAAGUAGACAAGUAUCAUAUUGAAGGCAUGAUAGUUUCCAUUUAUCAGUGCUCGAAAGUGCUUGUAUGCUCAUAGUUGUUUUCAACGGUAACAAGUUUGUUGUAGCCUACAAGCAAAUGGAGUCCUAGUUCAAAUUAUUUUUAGACUAAUAUUUUUUUUCAAUCAAAAAUUGUUGCUGAUUUACUACCAUAACGUUAACAAGAGAAAAAUUGAAAUCAGAUCCCAGAGUAACUGUCAAAUCAUGACUGUGCAGUGUUGAAUGUUAAAUGUUAUUCCUUUUGUAGUUAACUAGAAAUAUAAUAGAAGAUUGUAACGCUGUUGUCCAUAUCCUUCAGCAAAAUACAAGAUUAUUGGAAAUAAGUGAGGUGAGUACCUUCGAGACUCAACUGUUAUUUGAUGCAGCUAACUAAAAAAAAUCCAGUUCACCAACACAUUUCUCCCCAUCAUACUUUACCCUAGAAUAAUUUAAUUACCACGUCAACCAAAUUCAAUAACACUUUAAGCCCCAAUAUCCACAUACAAAUUCUUCAGACUGAUCUCCAUACAUCUCAACAUUCCCAUGAACAUUUCUUUUGAUUAUGUAUUGAUACUGUUAAAAGAAAUUUAACGUUGACCACUCUUGGUACUUAAGGGUUAACUCUGACAAUUACCCUUACUUACUUCAUUUCUGUUUAACUUAGUAACUUUUUAUAGUAAAGGUGACUGAAACAUACCUUCACUUUUGGUGUAGCCAGCAUCAGUAAAACAAUUCAAAGUAAGAAAAUGAGAUCGAGUACUUGAGUAUUUGAAGCAUAACAAUUUUUAUAAGUAUAAGGUCUCUUUUUACGACGAACACGUUUCUGUUUCAUAAAAAACUCUAAUGCUGUGUCAUUUCAGAUGUGUUCAGGUGGUUUCUGAAAUAAUUACAAAUUAAAAUUGGCUAAUAUAUUUUUUGACCUACAGCAUGUUGGCAGUCUUGAAGACUUGUAUCAACCUCUCAACAGGAUACUGAAUUAUUUGAAGAAUAGAUCAAUCAAGCUACGACAAUCAGUAUCCUCCGCCAGGUAAUUCGUGUAAAACUACCUAAAGCUGCUUCUGACUGGCUAGAAAAUAUUUUCGCACAGGUGUAAUAGGGGCGUAUUAACUGUAAGCUUAUCACAAAGGUUUUCUAAAUCAGAAUUGAUAUUAUUAACAAGAACAUCUCUGUCAAUACUAAGGGCAAAAAUUUCAGUAUAGUCCGUAUUUAAACAGGGGGUAGUAAAUUCUAAGCAAUUUGGUAAGUCAUAGGGCCAAGAAACGACCCUUAAGGAACUCCACAGAGUAAGUUUCUAUGAGAAGAUAAAUAUAUCCAUCAGAAAAAAGUUGUUGUUGUGGGGUGGUAGGAUAGGACUUAAACCACAUCAGUUCCCUAACAGAGACUCCAUAAAACUCAACUUUGUAUGAUAAAACUGAAUGAUCAAUUGAAUCAAAGGCCUUGAUACCGCCCUUGGGUCUCCAAGGAUAGGUUUAGUAAGCUAACUAUAGAGGAAGAAAUAUAGAAGUGGCCCAAAACGAUUUUCAAUCAAGGCCAAAUAACCCCAUUGCUGUUCUGCCAAACUUUGUCCCUGGUUUAAAUUAGUUGUACAUUGCUUUGUGACACUCUCACAAAGAUAAACAAAAUAUCUAUACAGUUCUAGGCAAAAUUAUUCUACAUUAAGAGUUAAGAGACGUUUAACAGUAGAGUCGUGUGCUAACGACAGUGAGCCAUUGCCAUUAGAGUCUCUGCAAAAAACAUCUCAAACUUUAAAGCUAUCCUGGCAUCCCAUUUUGAAUCCAUAUUAUUAAGUAAUCAAGAAAAGACUUUAUUUCAUGAGGGCAGCACUUAAUAGCCAUAGGCUUGUGGCCCUCAAUAAAUAAUUUAUUGCAAAUUGGUAAUAGAAAAUUGUUAUUAAAAGUAUGAUUAUGGUACAACCUGUUUCAUUUCUACACAGUGAUGAAGAAAAUAGAUUGAUAAAAGAACUGACUGAGUCGGUAAGUGAAAUUUGUACAAUAAACUUACCAAUUACAAGUCUUAAAACUAAAUAUUAAUGAUAAUGAAUAGAGUAAGUUAUACACCAACCAGGAGGUUCAUAAAAAUAGGAAGACUGAGGAAGACAAAGCUCAGUUAGACAUGUAAUAUGCGAAAUUUCAAAGUUGAGUGUAGUUGGAUUGAAAAAAAUUGCAAACUGUUUUGCACUUGAAAAUAUUAACAUGUUACACAAUAAUUUGCAAUAGAUCAGAAUUUAAAUUAGGUGAUAGGAAAAAGAAAUAAAAUUAACUAAAUUACAAAAAAAAAAAACGGGUAAGUUUCAAAAUACUUUUGAUGACAUUUAAGGCAUUAAAUGGACUGUCUCCUACUUGUAUCUCUGAACUAAUUCCGCAUUACCAACAAACUAGAACCUUAAGGUCCUCUAACUGUAAUUACUUGUCAGUUACCAACUGUUCUACUAAAUCAUAAGGGGAUAGAUCUUUUACUGUUGCCUCUGCCAAGUUUUGGAACUCGCUUCCUUUAAAUCUAUCUAACUGUAAAUCUGUUAGCACUUUCAAGUCACAACUUAAAAUCUACCUUUUCAACUUGUAAUUUCCCUUUUCUGUUAUAUUCAUGAAGUGUAUUUUUCACUAUUAUUUAUGUAACUGCAUAUUAUUUCCAGGCCAAUAGUAGUAUUACUAGUUUAUAGUGUAUUAUAGUUUUCCUACAUAUAGAAUUCCUUUAAAAAUCUAAUUUAAUUUUUUCAAAUUCAAUAUAUACUUUUGUAUUUUUAAAUUUUCCUUAAUGUUAAGAGCAUUGAGACUUUGUAUAUAAGGCUCUAAAUUUAUUAUAUUAACACCAAUGAAAUACCACGUGAGCUUUUGCGCAAAAACAUUAUAUCAUCACACGUGAAAAUAACAUGUUAUUUUCACAUACGAAAAGAUCACCGUUGCUACGGCUACAUAAUAGAUUGUGCCUUUUGCAGCAAAACACUAUUUAAGUGAAAUGGUUUGGCAUUCAUUGGUGUUUACAUAAUAAAUAGAACAUUACAUGGACGCUUGGAGAUACGAAAUUUCUCUUCUCAUGUUGAAAAAAAAAUAUUUCUCUCAUUCGCGCUAUUUUUCAACACUCGAAGAGAAAUUUCAUAUCUCCACGCUGCCAUGUGAUAUCCUCUAUAAAAAAUAUAACUAUUAUCAUUAUUGUUUUUUAUUAUUAUUGUUGUCAUCAUCAUUAUUAUUAUUAUCUUAAAUGGAGAAUGAAAUGAUGUAGUGAACUAGUACAGGGUACCAUGAUUAGGCAGUUGGUGAACAACAAUUUUAUUAUACCUCACCUCAACAUAAUAAUCUUCAUGCAGCAGCUUCCAAAUAAAUAUGAUUGGGCAGUUUUUAGACAGUCUAUAAUGUCAAGAUUCGAAGUACACUUGAAGUUACAACUGAAGCAAAAGGAAAGACAACAAAUGUUAAAUAAAACACAAAUUUGAGUACAACGCAAAUUGCUUUUUAAUAUCAUUUUUAGCAUAAGUGACAUUGCACAUUCUACAUUUUAUUUAUUGAUAUAUACUAGAGUAUCUUCACUAAGCCCCAAUUUCAACAAUAAACAACAUCAAACAUGACAACAAAGGGAACUGUUAUAAAAUUUUAUUCACCUCCAUAACCUCUUUUUGGGUAUUGAUAUGCUGUAAACUGCCGCUUAUGUAAGCCCUGGGGUUUUAGGAGGGUUUAUAAACAAAGAAGCUUACAUCCAAGGGGCUUAUAACCGGACAAGAAAAACAACUUCAAAACAAGCUAUGACAGUGCUGAUCAAAAUGUUUUGCAUUUACUGGUUUUAAAUUAGGCUUCAAAACGUCAUAAUAAAUUGAAUUCAUUUCAAUACAAGUUAGACGGGGGUUUAUAUCCGGCAGGGGUUAUAAUCAGAUGUCUAUUUUUGUUUACAGGUACAUGGGCCUAUAACUGGGGGGGGGGGAUUAAUUAUAUUAUAAGUGGCAGUUUAUGGUAGGCUAUGAAAGGUGACAAAAAAGAUGGAACUAGUAAGCAGGCAAGAAGCAAACAUAAAGACAGGAUCAUGUAAAACUGCACAUAAGGUUUUAUUUCCAUGAUCUUUAAAUUAUUUUUGAUUUCCUUUAGUCAAUGAUAGACUAAUUUAAAAAACAGAUUCACAUAGGAUAAUAACAGUCAUAUAAGUUUGUAUUACUUUAUCCAUGUUUUUUAAUAUUUUUAUUCAAUAAUCAGGCUUUUUUUCUUCUUUUGCAGAUACCAGUUCAACUGGACGAUUAGCAGCAAGCAUCAGUCCAGCUAGUGAUGUUGCUCCCACAACGCCUAUUAAACAACUUAAUUCCACUGAAGAUAGGAGAAGUAAUUCUAAAGAUUUAUACACUGUAUAUAAUUUGAUUACAUAUUGAAGUGUUUUCUAUUAUUGACAACUGUUACAAAGAUGUAAUAAUUCAACACAGUUGUUGUUAAAUCAUAGACAAUUGAUAUCAAAUGAUCCAUUAAAUUUAGACAAAUAUUUUUCUGGGUUAGUUUUUUAUGGUAAAGUAAACAAUUUUCAAACUAAUGAGGUAAACAAAAUUUGUAUAUUUAAAAUGGAUAACGAUCAAAAUGGAAGUAAUCCAUGGAAUAGAGAAUAAACUUUAAAUAAAACCUGUCUAAGGCCCCACUGACAUUAAUCAACAUUACCAGUAAAUGCUGGUUACCUACACUAGUACCGGUAAUAAAGUUUACAAUGCAUCUCUUGAUCUUUGGAUAAAAUGUGUUAUUUCACUUUGAAAAGAUAAUUUCGAUUCCACCCACAAUAAAAAGCAAAGCAUGCAUUUUUAAAUUUUAUCUACUUGGAUAAUAAUAAUAAUAAUAAUCAUAACUAUAACAAAAUUGUCAAAUCUGAUUGGCUCUCAACUGCCCUGAUUUCAGCCUUAAUUGGACAGUUUAAUAGGACAGUACGCGUCAUGCCUAAGUAAUUGGACAGUACGCGCCAUCACGCGCGCGCUUAAAUGGCUUUUUUUUCACUGCCAGCAAAACAAAAUUUCAAAUUUCAUGUGUUUUGAUUUAAAAAAAAAAUUGCCUAUUAUAUCACAAACUUUGUUAAAGUUAUGAUUAAUUGGUAACAGAACUUCGUGUCGUCCAAUUCGGUCUGUAAUCAUACUCGUGAUUAAACAAAUCGGACUCCCGCUGCGCGGUCGUCCGAUUUUGUUAAUCACUCGUAUGAUUACAGACCUAAUUGGACUCCACUCAGUCCUGUUACCAUUACUAAUAGUUUUUUAUAAUAGUAAUAAUUACUAGUAUAAAAAAUUUUUAUUUUAUUGACAACAAAGCUAACUAUUGAAAUCCUAUUUACAAUUAAUUCGCUUAAAAAACCUAUUCACUCAAAACGCUAUUUACAAUUCCUUUCGAUAAAAAAAACACUUAAUUUUGAUUGGGA